GAUCAAUUUGUUAGAAGAAGAAAAAUUGAGUUAUCGUUUUGAAAAGAAAAAAAAUGAGCUCCUCGACGUUAUCAUCGUCUCUCUUUCAUCCACUUUCGACCUUGUCCGCGCAAACCUAUGGCCGGAGGGAGAAUUUUUGUUUCAGUCGGAAGCAACAGUCUUUCGUGGUCCGAGCCGCAAAACUCCCAGAAGGGGUUGUCGUUCCAAAAGUACAACCCAAAUCUCAACCUGCGUUUCUUGGAUUCACACAAACAGCUGAGAUUUGGAACUCAAGAGCUUGCAUGAUUGGUCUCAUCGGUACUUUCAUUGUCGAACUGAUUCUGAACAAAGGAAUACUCGAGCUGAUUGGUGUAGAGAUUGGGAAAGGACUUGAUCUUCCUCUAUAAUGUAGUCUGUGUUCUUCCCCACAAAAACAUCUUAUGAAAAUGUAAAAUUUGUUUAUGAAAAUUUGAAUCUUUUGAGAUUUUUCACAACCA